AAUAUUGUAUUUUAAAGGGUAAGGUACUCCUAGUCUUAUAUUUCUGCCAUCUCCAGACACUUGUACUGUAUCUCUAAACAUGAGUAACACAGGUAGAAACAUGCCUGCGAAAACCACCACUGAGCUGUUGAAGCAGCUGAGGCAGGUGAUGAAGAAUGCCAGCAGCUUGAAUGAACCAAUCCAAGCUCUGAUUGUACCAUCAGGAGACAAUCAUCAGAGUGAAUACAUUGCUCCGUGUGACUGCAGGCGCGAGUUUCUUUCAGGCUUUGAUGGAUCGGCAGGAACUGCGAUUGUAACUGAGCAACAUGCAGCAAUGUGGACAGAUGGUCGUUACUUCCUUCAAGCCUCCCAACAAAUGGAUAACAACUGGACCCUGAUGAAAUUGGGUCUGAAGGCCACACCUAGUCAGGAAGAUUGGUUAAUUCAGGUACUCCCAGAAGGCUCAAAGGUUGGCGCAGAUCCUUUUGUUUUAGCAGCUGACCAAUGGAAGAGCCUGUCUAAAGCGAUGAAGAAUUCAGGACAUCAUCUUGUGCCUCUGAAAGAAAACCUUGUUGAUAAGAUUUGGAAGGACCAGCCAAGCCGACCUUGCAAACCAUUGUUGAUUAUGGAUCUGAGUUACACUGGUAUGUCUUGGCAAGACAAAAUUGUACAACAGCGUGCGAAGAUGGUGGAGAAAAAUGCUAGUUGGCUGGUGAUCACAGCCCUCGAUGAAAUUGCAUGGCUGUUUAACCUUCGGGGCUCUGACAUACAGUAUAACCCGGUAUUCUUCGCAUUCACCAUCAUUGGCCUAAACUCCAUUCGACUUUUCAUCAAUGAGACACAUAUGGAAGACCCUGCUGUGCGAGAACAUUUGCAGCUUGACUGUGAGACAGCACCCAGUUUCAAGAUAAACAUACUCCCCUAUGAAUCAAUUCUGACUGAACUGCAGACAAUCUGUUCCAACAUGACUUUGAAGGAAAAAGUCUGGAUCAGUAGCAAAGCCAGCUACGCUCUUUGUGAAACAAUCCCAAAGAGACUCAGACUGCAGACUGUAUACACUCCCAUUUGCAUUGCAAAAGCUCUCAAGAAUCCAACAGAAAUCCAAGGGAUGAGACGCGCUCAUAUUAAAGAUGCUGUGGCUCUCUGUGAACUGUUUGCCUGGCUUGAGAAAGAGGUUCCAAAAGGCAACAUAACUGAACUGGAUGCUUCGGACAAGGCAGCUGAAUUCCGCAUGCGGCAGGAUGAUUACUUCCCUUUGUCUUUCCAGAUGAUUGCAGCCACAGGAGCUGACAGCUGUCUGUCACAUGUAAGGCCCACCCAACAUACCAACAGAACUUUAUCAAUGAGUGAAAUCUAUCUUUUGGAUUCUGGCGCCCAGUAUAGGGAUGGCACGACUGAUGUCACACGGACAAUGCAUUUUGGCACUCCAUCCGAGUAUGAGAAGGAAUGCUUCACUUAUGUGUUGAAGGGACAUGUCUGUUUGGGUUCAGCGAUUUUCCCAAGUGGUACCAAAGGACACCUUCUCGACUCUUUUGCAAGAGCAACCCUUUGGGAUCAUGGAUUGGAUUACCUGCAUGGAACGGGUCAUGGAGUUGGAUCUUUCCUGAAUGUCCAUGAGGGGCCAUGCAGUAUUAGUUACAAAACAUUUGCGGAUGAGCCUCUUGAGGCUGGAAUGAUUCUGAGUGAUGAGCCUGGCUAUUAUGAAGAUGGCAGUUUUGGAGUGCGCAUUGAAAGUAUUAUGCUUGUAGUUCCUGCACAAACCAAGUACCGGUACCUGAACAGAGAGAGCCUUACAUUUGAACCGUUGACAUUGGUUCCAAUUCAAAUCAAAAUGAUCAAAGUUGAGUUGCUGACACAGAAAGAGUGUGAUUGGAUCAACAACUACCAUCGGUUAUGCAGAGAAGUGAUUGGAGCAGAACUGGAGAAGCAGGGGAGACCAGAGGCUUUACAGUGGCUUAUAACGGCAACACAACCAAUUGCCUGAUUGAGAAAUAAUGUUUACCAUGGGAAACCCAUUUGUUUAUCAUGCACAAUAAUGGCAUUAUGACUUAACUUAGCAGAGGAUGCAACAUUCAUAAUGUAUUCCGUGAACAUGCAAUGAUGUCUCUUUCAAAUUUAGUAUGUAAUUUUACAAAUAAAAUAUUUCAUGCUUCUAA